UACGGGUAAUAUUACAUACGGGUUGGCUAACAAAGUCUAUUGGAAAUUGUUCCUAUGCGUUGACGUGUUUGACAAUCUCUAAAACUCUUCCAUGACACAUGGCGUCUCCUGUCGUAUACUUGAGCGUAUCCAAUCAUCAGGGUUGUGAUUCCAACUCUCUAUUCGACGAUUGUGAUGAAGACGAGACGCCAGAAAGUCGAGAUUACGCUAACGCGAUGCGUGACGUUAACGUCAAGAAGCCAAAAGGCUUUGGAAGACGGACAAUCAUCGUUACGUCACUAGUGCUCCUGCUCUUGGUCGCUGUGGCUGUAGGAAUAUCUCUCUUGAUCGUUCAUUGGGUCAGAAAGGUUUCUGUUGACGUACCAGCAACUGUUACGCCUACUACAACACGUUCUAUGCACGUAUCUUCUUCCGGGUCUUGGGCGACACCAUUUGUUGUGACGUCAUCGAGACUUAUGACGUCAUCGCAAACUAAGGUUUCCCCUACUCUAAAAUCAAGUUCCGGGGUGCUGACUCCGUCGAUGUUUGGUGUGUGUUGGAAUGGCGAUUCGGAUUGUCCAGAUUGUCCUGCUGGAAAGAGCGAGAGUUUUACGUCCCACAUUCGGCUGGGAUUGGUCCAUGAUAUCGUGGAGUCAGUGAACAGAUCACAGCACAUCAUGAGAAGCAUUGACAACAAGGACGUCAUUUUAUAUCGACCUCUACUCAUAUUAAACACGACUCUUAACUAUUUCUGUUGCCAUACGUCGGAGGAGAAAGUGAAGAUUUUAGAAGUGCUCGGUAACCAGACAUGGACACCGUUGAAUAUCACAUACGACACUCCUUCAUGUGACCUUGAUCACAACGGUGUCACAAUAUAUAUGCUAGCAUUACUGUCCAACUCGUCUCAGGACUUUUUGUUCAACUUUGUCCGGGAAAUCGAAAGCUCCAUGAGGGCACGAGGUGUUCCUGUUAACACUCCUCGAAAGCAACAGUUUCACGUCACUCUUUCUCUCGUCAACCACUCGUUUCCUGUUCAUGGCGUUAUAGAUCUGAUCCACCGCGACAUUCCUGUGUUUGGAUCUCUUCUAUUUGAUCGUUUCUAUUCAGAGUUGCAUGAAUUUAAGUCGUCGAAGUUCAAGUAGCUGUAGAUUAUUUUGUAAAGCAAAUAAUCAGUUUAUUUUGUAGCACGUGGCCUGUCCAUCAGUACAGUGUAUCAUCACUGUGUGCAUGUGGGCAGUGGCUGACCUCCAGAUAGUUUAGUAUCUUCAAAGAAUACCUAAUUAAUUUAAAUGGCCACACACACACACCUAAAAAUCCUAAAUCCUAAAUGUCAGGAG